GGUGUGAAAGAUGUACUGUCAUAUUAUGAUGGCAAUGACCGUGAGUUAAUAACCGUUCUUGCGGGAGGCAAUGCAGCCGGUGAAAUUUUGCGGCCGCUAAUUCUUUUCGACGGGAAAGUCGUUUUGGCUUCGCAUUUCAACGAGACGAACGAUAUGUGUCAUAUCGGUUUCAAUUCGUCUGGAAUAAUGGAUAAUGCGACCUUCGCUUCGUACGUCAGGGAAGAGGUGAUCCCUCGGAUGACAGCAGAAAAGAACGUGAUUUUUCUCGAUGGACACAGUUCGCACAUAAAUAAAUAUACGCUGCUGCGGUUACCCAUAACUCUGUGUAUUAUAUCCGUCGCUUUACUCCAACCGAACCAGCACAUCUGGUACCGCACUGCUUCGAGGUAA